GCCACUACUUAAAUCAUCUUCGAGAAGGAAGUCAGUUUCAGUGAGUCUUACCUCCAAAAGACAGAAAACACUGAGACCACUGGGAAAGGGAAUACCUAUUAAGUUGUACCACUAAAUGCAUUCAACCGAAAUGUGUCUCUGAAGCGGAGAGAUGUGGGGGGCUGCCUUAAUCAACAUCAUCAGUGCCCAGGGAGCAGUUGUUGUUGGGGAUUAACUGCCUUGCUCAAAGGCAGAACGGCAGAUUUUUCCACCUUGCCGGUUCAGGGAUUGGAACCAGCGACCUGUCGGUUACUUGCCCAACACUCUUAACUGGGAGGAAAUACCACACUACUACAGUAAAAAUCCCAAGGAGAUUGUGUGAUCGUGGACUAAACUAAAGUGCGCUGCAAUUUUACCAGUCAGUGUGUUGCUUGCCUGUCAUCCCCUCGGUCAGAGAUGGCUGCCUCCAUGCCCCUGUUCCUCUCCGGCAUCAUGAUCUUUAGCAUCUCCUUGUACUUGCUCCACAAGAGACUGCAGGCUGAGAUAGGGACCACUCAUCAACACCAACUCAGGAACCUCACCAUUCUGCUGUGGCACUGGCCCUUCAGCCGCCCCUACAGCCUGGAGGGAGACGUUUGCAGCGACGAGUACGGUAUCCCAGGCUGCCUCCUCAGUGACAACACCUCCCUGUACCCUCAGGCAGACGUGGUGGUCUUCCACCACCAUGAGCUGAGGACGGGUCGCUCCGCCCUGCCUCUCCAUCUCCCACGGCCAGCCUCCCAGCGCUGGCUCUGGCUCUCCCUGGAGCCCCCGGUGAACAACGGCAACCUGACCCAAUACAAAGGACUGUUCAACUGGACCAUGAGCUACCGAGCAGACGCUGAUGUACCAAUGCCCUAUGGGAAGACGGUGGAAGUUCUCGUUCCACCAAACAGCAAUAGCAGCAGCUAUGUGAUCCCUAAGAAAGGGGCUUGCCUGGCCAGCUGGGUGGUCAGCAACUACAGCCCUGACCAUGCCAGGAGUCAAGUCUACCAGAGCCUAAGAAAGUACAUUCCUAUAGAGGUGUAUGGCCACUGGCUAAAGAGGCCACUGACCGACCAAAGUCUGAUACCCACCAUUGGCCGCUGUAACUUCUACCUGGCCUUUGAGAAUUCGGUGGCCAUAGACUACAUCACUGAGAAGCUGUGGAGGAAUGCCUACCAAGCAGGGGCAGUACCCGUGGUUCUGGGGCCCUCUCGGUCUAACUAUGAGGCCUUGGUUCCCUCAGGCUCGUUCAUCCAUGUCAGUGACUUCAGCAGCACAGAGCAGCUGGCUGCCUUCCUACAGCAGCUGGCCACAGACAGAGGGCGUUAUGAGGCUUACUUCAAGUGGCGUCAAACCCAUGAAAUCAAGACAUACACAGACUGGAGAGAGAGGCUCUGUAAUAUCUGUAUCAUCUAUCACAGACUGCCAGCUAAAAAGGUGUACUAUGAUCUGGAUGGAUGGGCCAAUAGAUAACAGGCAAAAACUGCAAGUUAUUUGGUAACAGUGCAAUUGUUAAGUAAAAAAUAGGUAAGUUAAGAAAUGUUAAAAAAACAACAGUGAAAAGACAUGUUCAACAACCUGUGAUGGGCUGUACUUACAACAGGGCCAGUUCGUUCACACACAAAAUGUCACAGCUAAAACGUGAAAUACAUUCAUUUCUGCAUUGUUGUGAUAGUGUGUGACUUAAACAUCCAUUACAACAUUGCAUUUUGGUCCCCAAUGCAGAAACACCACAGAAAAAUCACAACUUAAAAACAACUUUUAAAGAAGGGAAGAGUAAGUAUGAAUGUGUAUCCACAGUGUCCGAUCACAUGUUAGGUCCCAUUGACAGCCUUUACAAGACCAAGAAUUGCCACAAAUAAAAACAUUACACAACCCUGUAAGCUGGCUCAUAAUUCUAUUUAAAUGGCACAAGGAAAUGUCUUUCCCAGCAGUAAUAUUGAGGGUAAGAUUUCAAGGAUUUUCUUCUCUCAGUAUUUGGCUUCACAUAAUACUCUACGGUACAGUUCAGACCCUUCAUAGGCAGUUGAUGAAUGUCCUCCAUCUCACUCGGUUCGGGGCAAGUUUUUCCAGGUCACACCAGUUGAGGCCGCUCCCAGUCAUUUCUGCCUGGAUCCCUCUCCAAAUGUUUCUGGGUCGACCACAAACCACAAACAAAAACCCUGUACAAAUACUAAAUCUAAACAACCCGUCUCAGAGAAAUGACUGUGCAUUGAAAGUUCUGUAUGUCACUCAAUUCAACCGUACUCCUUUGUAUCCGAAUGUAACUUUGACUAAUUGUGAUGCAUAUGAUUUAAUUUCUAGUGUCAAUGCAGGUUACACACCAAGGUGGUGCCCUAUUCCCUACAUAGUGCAUUUUAUAGGGUAUUCCUAUAAUUAAACCAUAUGCAUCACAAUUAGGUUGCCAUUUCGUAUGCAAAAAACAGUUUCUGGUAUAGAUACUGAGGGGAUGUUGCUUUAUCAUCUCAAUGUCUAUGGAUUCAGGGAACAAUCCACCAAUAACAGAACAUGCAAUAACAGCUCUGACCACCAGAGGUCAGGAUUACCUAAAAACAGAAUAAACUUGAACCGAUAACAAUAUGCUUUUUACCUCAUCACUUGUUUUUAAGGCUAUAUCAGCUAUUAACAUAUAUUUUGCUUCUCUCUCAUGAGAUCCAAGACAGUUGAUCAGCUUGCAACAAGAUUGUCUAUCAUAUCAUUAAAGAAAACAGCACAGCAGACCAUGUUGCAGUGAAGAUAUAAAUAUUUAUUUUCCAAUGUUCAUCUCUGAAAUGUUUACAUGCAUCAUGUCCAGCAAAUCCAGUAGUAGUAAAAGAGGUCGGUCAUCUCUCAGGGUUGGUGUGUUAAUUCAUCUGGUGUGUCGUUAUUUAGAGAGGGUGGUUUAACUGUUUAAAAGGGGAGUCCUGGAGAUUUAUAACCAUUCACAUUCAUGAGAGAAAACAAAGAGCAACUUUCAAUCCAUCAAACUAACAUUUCUGGAAAACUUGGGAAAUGUUAUUUGCAUUUUGCAACCCUAGGGGACAAUAUUGAUGUAGGUAUAUGGUAACUAUAUGGUAACAGCCAAAGAAGGUUUAAGUUUGAUGUUCAUCUUUACCAGUAAUCUAGGUCAAUGAAUGGGUCCAUUCUGUCUCACAUACAUUGUUCUUGAGGACCAAAAAGGAAAAUCAAAUCAUCUGCACCCAAAGAGCAUCACAUUACUGUAUGUGUCCGACCACUUCACUGUUCUUCAGAGAGAGUGGAGGCAGAGAGUUAGGGGAACAGUUAUAUGAAAAUUCCACCUGAAAACUCUUGUUUUUGUUUCAUUAGUCCAUGGUUGAUAUAGUCCCAAAAUGUUUUGUAUGUCAGCAAUGAAGAUAUACAACUUCUAUAUAUAUACAACUAUACAGAAAUAUAGCCAGUAUGACGCAUUUUGCAUCAUGAUCCAAAACGCAUCAUCAUGUGAUGCUCGAUGCAUCAUACCAGCUGUAUUUAUAUGCAUUUUGAAAAUUGAUUGCUGAAAUGCAAAAUAUUUUGGGACUAUAUCAACAAUGGACUAAUGAAACAAAUACCGAAAUAUAGUUGUGUGGAGUUGUCCUAAGUAAAUAAAAGAGCUAAUAACAACACGCUUUCCUGAGAGAUAACCGCAAUAGGCAACUUCUGAACAGACUCUAAUGUACAUCCAAAAUGGCACCCUAUUCCCUAUAUAGUGCACUACAUUUGACCAAAAACUAUAGGGCUUUCGUCAAAAGCAAUGCCCUAUAUACGGAAUAGGGUGCCAUUUUGGAGGCACACUAGGCUAAAGAAAAAAAGGUUUAUUUGACACAGCAAUCAGAAAUAUAGAAUAAUAAUGUGUACAAAUACAUCAUUAGAGCCAGGUUGCCAUCUCUCUGUACAGUACACAUCCGUGGCUAUUUACAUAAAUAACAUCACAAAUCAUGGGACAAGCCAUGUUUGUUUGAUACCGUAUAUUCAGUGCUUGACUUGGACUGAAAUAUGUUCCGGUACUCAUUCUGGGUGCCGGUACUGUUUAUAUUUAGAUGCAGGAGCUACACAAUACUUUUGAGCUAAUAUUCUAUAUAAGAGGAACAGGAGCUCAAGCAGUUGAGGUGCCGGUACUCCGGCAAGCUCCUGCCCAAGUCAAGCACUGUGUAUAUGAAUGUACAUAGUGGGUUGCUCUGUUUCAGAGUUCUGUAAAGAAGUUCCAAAUUCCUUUGAAAUCAUUCAAGUUAUUUAAAUAUCAUCAUAAGCAAGUUUACACAAGAAACUUGUAAGGAUCAUAAAUGCAUAUUGAAUUGUAUCCCUUUUUCAGCAGAGCACAGCAUCAUCAAGUCAUGCAUAGAGGGACCAUUGAUACUGAGACUAUAAUGGCUACAUAACAAAGCGUAAAGGUUUACCAUACAUACUGCAUGUGUACAUUUAUGAAACAUUAAAAUCACCUUUGUAUGUAAGAAAAAAACAAAAAAAACGUUUUGGUAAUGAAGAAAGUCAAAGAUGAGUUGAUCCAGAUCUUCGGAAUGCGUCAUUAAUGGCACCAUAUACUCCACAUACUGUAGUGCACUACUUCUGACCGGGGUCGAUAAUGCGCUGGCAAAAGAAGGGCACCAUGUAGAGAAUAGGGUGUUAUUUGGGACACAGAUAUUUAGUCUGCCAAUGAUUACUAUUGACAGCUUGAUAAAUUGGCAUAUUCCCACUGUGCUCCAGCUCUGUUUCAAAGGCAUAUGGCCUAACAUCUGCAGUUCCAGAAUGAUUUAUAGGACCAGUUCCCAGACCCAGAUUAAUCCUAUUCCUCAACUGAAUUUUCAACUGAGAUUAUCAAUGCUUUUUAGUCCAGGAGUCUGGGUCAUACUGCAGUCUAUGAUUUAGGAAACGUGUAUCUGGAUUGGUUAUUCAAUUUCACAUUCUGCACAAAGUGUGUGCCUCCAACACAAUCUUCCUGUUCACUAUUACUAAAGGUUUGUGGUUUGGACAUUGGCCUGUAUAGUUCACUGGAAGUCAUGGUCUGGGUAA